GAAGCGGCACCUUUCGCCGUUACUUUCUCUGCAAAAGAUAGCGUUGAUAAAAACCCUAGUUUCCUUAUUCUUCAAUAUCAGAGAGAAGCCCCAGUUUCUUAAUCUUCAACUGAAGGCUUGGUUUUUUUGGUGUUUUUGGGAUCUAGAAGAUUGAUCGCCGCCAGAUCCGGAAGAAACGCUGUUGAUCGGCUUCUGAGGCUCCAUCUUGCUUCGUCCUUGCUGCCACUGUCGACUGAAAGAUUCAAUGUCUGUCAACAUGAGAAAGGAAGGCUAAGACUACUUGAUUGGGAAAAUUCAAGAAAUUUAUCGGAGGCUACUUCUUCAGAGAUUGAAGGAAGAUAUUGAAUUGAAGAGUUUAUUGUUCUCUCGCAAACUGAAGGCUUUUUGUUCGAGGCUCUUACCCUAUUUGACGUUAUUUGUAUUCUAAAGAGAUUGUUGAUUGACUGGUUCGAGGUGUUCGCUUGAAGUAAUUCUUUCCAGUUGGCAAGCUCACUAUCGCACCCAAGUUGUGAAUAAAUUUUGGGUCUUAGAAGGAUUCCUCUUGAUUGUUUAACUGAAGAAAAAAAUUAUCAUCUUCUUUUGAAUCAGUCAAUCUUUGUAUUCACUGGAGCUGUUCAUGUCAUCUUCGACGCUUUGAAGGCAAUACUGGAGAUCUGGAAAAAGGAUAUCAUUUUGGUUGUAUCGAUUUAUUAAGUUUUUUAAAGAUCAAUUGAGGCCUCUUUUUUGGUGGCCGGAAUUCCUCCUCUUGCAAUUGUGUUUUCUUUUUGGUUGUUUAUAUUUUCUGCAGAGAUAAAAAGAAAAAAAUGGCUGUUUAUUAUAAGUUUAAAAGUGCAAAAGAUUUUGCCUCUAUCCCUAUCGAAGGACCCUUCAUAACUGUUUCCAAUUUGAAAGAAAAAAUAUUUGAAUACAAGCAAUUGGGUCGGGGUAACGACCUCAUGGUCUUCAACGCCCAAACUAAUGAAGAGUAUGCUGAUGAAGCAAUGUUGGUGCCCAAAAAUACUUCAGUUUUAGUUCGUUUGGUUCCUGGAAGGCCUCGCUUGCCCAUUGUCACUGAAAGAGAAGAGCCAAAAGUUUCAGAAACUCAGGUAGACCAAGUCUCACAUUCUAAGAAUAGCUCUCAGCCACCUGAACUAUCCCAAAUGAAACUUCCUGAUGAGUCGGAAUGGGAUGAAUUUGGAAAUGAUUUGUAUGCUAUCCCUGAACCGAUUCAAGUUCUGUCGAGUCAGUCGAGUCAAGCACAAGAGGCCCUUCCUAGUAAGGCUGAUGAGGAUAGCAGGAUUAAGGCUUUCAUUAAUUCAACUGCGUCAGAUUGGCAAAGGCAAACACAGGAAGCUUAUAGCUCUGGAAGAGGCUUUGGAAGGGGUAUGGGUGGAAGAAUGAUGGCAGGGCGUGGCUUUGGUCGAGGGGGUUUUGAACGCAAGACACCUCCACAAGGCUAUGUCUGUCAUCGUUGCAACAACCCUGGGCAUUUCAUUCAGCAUUGUCCGACAAAUGGUGACCCCAAUUUUGAUAUUAAGAGGGUGAAGCCCCCGACUGGAAUUCCUAAGUCAAUGUUAAUGGCAACCCCAGAUGGUUCAUAUGCUCUGCCAAGUGGUGCUGUUGCUGUACUGAAGCCAAAUGAAGCUGCAUUCGAGAAGGAAAUUGAGGGCUUACCUUCAACUCGUACAAUCAGCGAUCUCCCUCCAGAGUUACGGUGUCCCUUAUGUAAAGAAGUUAUGAAGGAUGCUGUUCUCACUAGCAAAUGCUGUUUUAAGAGUUUCUGUGACAAGUGUAUAAGGGACUAUAUCAUUUCCAAGUCAAUGUGUGUAUGUGGUGCUAUGAAUGUCUUGGCAGAUGAUCUGCUCCCUAAUAAGACGCUUAGGGAUACCAUCAAUCGCAUCCUGGAGUCGAACACGAGCAGUGCAGAAAAUGGUGGGAGCUGGCUACAAGUUCAAGAUAUGGAGUCUACCCGUUGUCCCAGACCAAAAGCACCUUCCCCAACUCUUUCUGGAACUGCAAAAGAAAAUCACACGCCUCCUUCCAAGGAAGCAGCUCAAAAGUUGAAGGAGACUGUAAAUGAUGAGAAGGCUGUUUCUCAACAGUGUCUAGAGGGAAAUAAAUCUGCAAAGAAUGUUGAUAGAUCAGAAGCUGCCACGCUGGAUACAAUGAGUAUGAAGGAGCCGGUGUCACAAGAGAGUGCUCCAAUGGCAGAGGAGGAAGUUCAACAGAAGUUACCUGCUGGUGAGCAAGCUAAGAAGAAGAAGAAGAAGAAGAUACGCCAACCUUCUAAUGCCAAUGACAUGCAAUGGCGUGCCUCUCAAGAUUUUGGAGCUGAAAACUGUAUGAUGCCCAUGGCUCCUGGAGCCUAUAAUCCAUUUUGGCCUGGGGUUCAGUGGGGAAUGGAUGGAUAUAUGGCAGCUGUUGGUGGAAGUCCUUAUUUGGGUUAUGCCCCUACCCCCUUUGACGUGCCUUUUCCUGGGGUUUUAUCUCAAGAUCCAUUUGCAAUGCAACCAUACAUGUUGCCUGUUCCUCCUCAAAGAGACCUCAUGGAGUAUGGUGUCGGUGCAAACUCUGCUGCUCCUGUUAUGUCAAGAGAAGAGUUUGAGGCCCGAAAAGCCGACUUGCGGAGGAAACGUGAAAAUGAAAGGCUUAUUGAGAGGGGAAGUUCAAAAGACAGAGAUGGCUCCAGGGAUUUGAGCAUCACCAGCAAGGAAGCACCGUCGAGAUUAAAACCUAAGUUAAUGUCGCAGGCUGCGAGCGUAGAUCGACCAGGUCGUGAGUCUAGUUCUGUCCGCCCCCACCGUGAGGCCCCUGAGCUGUUGCGUGCUGCCGCAGCAGCUCCCUCUUUAAAGAUGAAAGCACAUGAUGUGCUCCCACCCGAGCAGCCCGCACCAAAUCCUAGUGAUGCCAAACGAUUGAAGGGAAGCGUGUUCUCUCGAAUCAGUUCCCUGACCACCCCCCUUCUACGACUGCUUCCGCAUCUCACAGUAAGCAACAAGUUGAGCAACAGAGGCCCAAAGAGAGCCAUGGUCAUGGCCAUGAAAGGAAGGUAUCUUCAUCCUCAAGGAGGGGGAGGUCAAUGAGUCAUGAAGAGAGCGAUGAAGAAAUGCAUUUUAAGAGGAGGUCUCGCCAUGAUGACCGGGAAUUUGAUGGGCCUCCUAGGGGAUCUAGGGACCGAGACCGACACCACGGACAUGAGUACGAGCGUUGGGAGAGAGAGAGGAUUAGGGAAUAACUAAUAUAAGAUUCACCUUAGAGGCUUAGACCCCUUUUCUUGCCGGCAGUUCUCAUUCUUCACAAAGUAUAAAUAUUGGGAAAUUUCUAUUACUCCAAAUAGACAAGGGUGCUUGUAAGGAGAGAGGGAAAGGAGACUUGUAAUGUAAUUUAUUUGCUUGAUAAAUGCAUUUAGAGCUUUCAUCUUU